AUGGACCAUAUCACUCCUGAGCAAGUUUUACAGUUGAGAGAAGCAACCCCAAACUUCCUCUGUCCUCUUUCUGCGAAUAUUUAUAACAUAGAGUUCGUAUACUUCAAGGUCAGGGAUUUAGAGUCUGGAAUGGUUCUUUUUGAGGUCCAAAAUGACAGUGAAGCCCCAGCAGAGCCAAUUGGAGAAGACGAUUCUGUGAGGACAAUCAAAUAUCAUUUGGGGCCUGAUUUUUUAAAGCUCAGAGCAUUGGGGAGCACGAUUGACUUCACAGUAGGAGCCAGAGAGGUAAGAAACUUCCGAAUGAUUGAGAGACAUUACUUUAGAGAUACUUUACUUACUCCCCCCCCCCCCCUCCGUGAGCGAACAAAAAAAUUUUGUUCGCUCACGGAGGGGGGUUAAUUUGUUUUUUUUAAAAAAAAAUUUAUAUAUAAAUUUUAUAAAAAAUAUUUUUUUCGAAAUUUAAAAAAUCCUAAUUUGCAAAAAUUGGGAAGCAAAUAUUAAUUUAAUUUGCAAAAUUUAUGUUUUUUAAAACGCAAUUUGUUUAAAAUUAAACAGAAUUAGCUCUAGAUUUCAUUAUACUAAUUAUCACUUAUAUAUCAAAAUUUUUUUCCAUUAAAAUUUUUUCUAUUAAAAAAAAUUUUUGUUCACUCACGGAGGGUGGGUUUUUGGUCAAAAAAUGGCGAUUUUUCUAAUGGUUUUGUUCGCUCACGGAGGGGGGGGGGGAGUUAAGAAUUUUGAUUUUACAUUGGAUUUCUGCAUCCCAAAUACCAGAAACUCUUGGGAAGUGAUAUAUGAGAUUCCUGAACUUCCUGAAGACCUCCUACAACAAAUGAUUGACAAUCCAUGGGAAACUAAAUCAGAUAGCUUUUAUUUCGUUGGAAAUCAGCUUAUAAUGCAUAAUAAGGCUGAAUAUAAUUAUUCACCUUUAAUCUAA